AUUUUCGAUAGGCAUCUGGCGACUUCGCGAAACUACCGGAUUACUUAACUAUGUCUGCAAACGUGUACUAUAAAUAUCGCAUAUUUUCUUACCCCAAAAGUCAUCGGUUCAAUACCAAAAUUUCAUAGUUCUUUAUUUUCUUCAACUACCAUGGAAUCAUUCUCAUCGUUCUUCGAUUCACAAUCGCGAUCGGCUUCUCCAAACAGCUGGACCUACGAUUCUCUCAAGAAUUUCCGUCAAAUCUCUCCCGUAGUUCAGACUCAUCUCAAACAGGUUUACCUCUCACUAUGUUGCGCUCUCAUGGCAUCUGCAGUUGGGGCUUACCUUCACAUCCUAUGGAACAUCGGUGGCCUUCUAACCACCUUCGGAACAUUGGGCUGCAUGUUUUGGCUACUCGCCACUCCACAAUAUCAAGAGCAAAAAAGAGUCUCUCUAUUAAUGGCAUCUUCUCUUCUCCAAGGAGCCUCCAUCGGUCCUCUAAUCGACUUAGCCAUAGAAUUUGACCCAAGCAUCUUGGUGAGCGCGUUCAUGGGAACUGCAAUCGCAUUUGCUUGUUUCUCAGGAGCUGCCAUGUUAGCAAGACGCAGAGAGUAUCUUUAUCUUGGAGGUCUUCUCUCUUCUGGUGUUUCAAUCCUUUUCUGGUUACAUUUUGCUUCAUCAAUCUUUGGUGGCUCUGUUGCCCUUUUCAAAUUUGAGUUGUACUUUGGGUUGUUAGUGUUUGUUGGGUACAUGGUGGUUGACACCCAGGAUAUCAUUGAAAAGGCUCAUCUUGGAGAUUUGGAUUAUGUGAAACAUGCUCUUACGCUUUUCACUGACUUCAUUGCUGUUUUUGUUCGCAUUCUUAUCAUCAUGUUGAAGAAUUCGGCUGAAAGGGAGGAGAAGAAGAAGAAGAGGAGGGAUUAGGGUAUUUGUGAAUGGAGGAAAAUGUGAAGCAAGCUUUCUGACUACAAAUAAAACCCAAUGUAGUUGUUACUUUUGUGUAGUACAUUGUUUUUUUUUUUUUUUUUUAAACAUGAGUGACGUAUAUG